CAAUCGAAUUUAGGGUUCAAAGACAUUUCUCGGCCACUAUUUUCGAAAUUUCUCUCGAGUGAUUCGAAAGUGUACCAAAAUCGGAAACUGCGAGCUCUGAAUUCGUGACCCUUGAUGUGUCUUAAUUGAGGUAGUUUUUCAUUGAUCAGCGGAAAAAGCAACGGAAGAUCUUUGAGUAAAGAAUUAGAGAGAUGGGAAGCAGAGGUAAUCGUGUGGGAGAUAGAUGGAAUGAGAUGGAUUGUGAUGAGAAAACGAGUGUGAUUCAGGAAGAGAUCAAAAGGGUUGGUAAAUUGCCAUCAAACAGUGUUUAUGCAGUUCAUCGUCUCAAGGUUCUCAACAAAAUCAACGACCUUUUAUCUGUCCAAAGAACAUUGUCCCAAGAGAAGGAGUUAGAAUUGCUCUUUACACAGCUCUCUUUGUAGAAAAAUGUCCACAUUUUGAUGUACAAGGGACAGGAAAAUGUGGUCUGAUGAUUAUACGUCUAUUUAUUUACUAAUGUAAUUUCAACUCUUUUUACUCAAGAUUGCUGGUUGAUCAAUGA